CCUUGGUUAAUCAGUAACCAGGGUGGGAUCACCGCAACUCGCUGGUUUAAAGUAAGGGAGCAGAUGAGCCAGGACCUCAUUCAGCACCUCACUCAGCAGCAGCAGACGCACACGAAGGAAUCUUUUUAAGGUGACUACCAACAAAAGGUAAAAUGCGGACGCCUCUUCUAGCCCUUCUACUCUGCUGCUACCUCUCAAGAAGCCAAGCCAACCGCGUCUAUGUCCACCCCUUCCACCUCUUUGCCGUGGAGAAUGUGAGCUGCGAGACCCUGCAGACACAGACCUCCAAGCCUCUGGAGACGCUUCCUGUGGCCCCCCUUGAUAUUGAAGACCUCACACCAGACAGCAGGGACCUGUCGAAAAUGGACACACAGAGGCAGAACAUCACAGAGAGGACGGCGGUCCUGGCAGAGCUGUUGAACUCUUUGGGCCUGAGGAUGUACCAGGCUGUCAGCAGUAAGCAGCACAGCACCAACACCCUGCUCUCUCCAGUCAACACCUAUGGAACCCUCGUCACCUUCCACCUGGGGGCCUCCAGGAAGACUGCAAGCUCAUUCCAGGCUCUGUUGGGCCUGAGCAGGGAAACCGACCGAGAGGACUGUGUGUCCCUUGUGGAUGGACACAAGGUUCACAAGACCCUGCAGGGCAUUAACUCUCUGGUGGACGACGGACCCAAAGAUGAAAUCACCACCCAGGUCUGGACCUUCACUCGCCAGGACGCUCAGCUAUCCCAGGACUUUAUUCAAGGCACACAGGACCUCUCCGACACAUCGUUCAUCCGUGGUGUGGACUUCUCCAAACCUCAGGAGGCCGAGCAGCUGGUGAACAGCUUUUUGGAGAAGACAUCAUACGGGAGGGUGAAGGACAUCUUCAAAGAUCUGAACUCCAGCAGCAACCUUCUGUUUGUUUCUUCCUUCAACUUUCAAGGCAACUGGAGGACAGCUUUUCAACCAGAGAAGACCUCCUUGCAGGAGUUUCAUGUAGAUGAAACAACCACAGUGAUGGCUCCACUGAUGACCCACACAGGUCAAUAUCACUACCUGAAUGAUAAGGUACGGCGGUGCACAGUGGUCAAGCUGUCUCUGAGCAAACGGUCCUAUAUGUUGCUGGUCCUGCCUCACGAAGGUACCAACCUUAAUGACAUUGAGUCCAAGCUGCUCACUGACGUCAUGUCUGGCUGGCACGAGAGCCUUCAGGAAGGUCUAUUGGAGCUGUCCCUCCCAAAGUUCUCACUGUCUUCUGUGAGUAAUCUGCGCGACCUGCUGACCGACAUGGAUCCAGUAAUUGAGGCCAAGCUGUUGGGCUCUCAGGCUGAGUUCAGCCAAAUCAGCAACACCAAACCUUUCACUAUAGAUCAGGCCGUCAACAAGGUGUUGUUUGAGAUGUCAGAAGAAGGCGCAGAACCUCAGGAUAAGGUCCAGGAAGCAGGCAUCCCUCUGAAACUGUCCAUCAACCGGCCAUUCUUCUUUUCGGUCAUAGAGGGAGAUUAUAAUGCCAUCCUCAUGCUGGGCAAGAUCACCAAUCCAACACUGUAAAGUUAUAUAGUACUUAAAAACUCAUCAAGAUCAUACUCUUGUCUUCCAGCUAAAUAAAUGACCACACAGUACAUGAGGAAUAAAGCACAACCUAGCUCAAGAAGGAUCUAUCAAUGUUCACAGUGUUAUCUUUCACCACCUAGCUGAUCUCUCCAGAAACUGAGGAGUCACUGGGGGAUCCUUGUGUCAGUAUUUAUGAAAAGCUUUUACUUUAUGCUGAGUUAUGCAGCCUGUUAAAAAUCUUGAUUUGUUUUCCUUCAGUAAAAUUUAUUAUAGCAGAGUUCUGUAUAGUAUUUUUCAGUAGAGUAGGUACAGUAACCACGAUUCUCUAUGAUGAAUGACUAAUACGUUGUAUAUUAUAACCAAGAGUUUAUUUUUGUUUUGUUAACAUUUGUGAUUGCUGUAAUAAAACGUAUUGUUUCCCAAUAUA